CUCUGCAGAGCUCUCAGCUAAUCCAUGAGUCUUUCCUUGCCCCUGCAAAGUACAUAACAUUCUUUAUUCGUCCUGGUAGCUUCACUUCAGUCCCAUCAGCACUAGCUUAAAAAAUUCAGCCUCUCUCUCUUCAAAGAUUAUUUUUGUUUUGUUUUUUUUUCUUGUUCUUCUCUAUAUCUAUAUAAGCAAGGGGACCUAAAUGACUCUCGCAUCUCCAAGGUCACAGACAGUGUUCCUGAUGUCUGUUGCUAGAAGCUGUUCUUGGCAAUUUCCUGCCAGUGUUGGAGUGAAAGUGGCUGCUUGGCCUCCUGCCACUUCCCAGUUUAGAUUUGUCUGCCCCGUGUCACCAGACCAGAGGGGGAGACUAUCACAGGAAGCCACUGCUGGCAAGGGAGCUCUUUUCUAAGAAAUAUAGACUGUAGAACGGCGAAUGGAAUGCAGUAACCUGGUGCCGUGUUUACUUGGGGCAAACUGUCCUCCAGCACCAAGAGACCCAGAGUGGACUAAGGUAUUUUCUCUGUUGACCAUGGAAUCCGAGACGGUUGUUCCUUGGGCGCGGAUGUUUACAAGAUGCUCCAGGAAGAACAUUCACAGAGGGAAGCUCAUGGAUCUCACCUUCACAGCCAUUGUCCCACUGCUUCUCGGCAGCGUGGGGCUCUUUGCCCUCUUCAGGCUGCUGCAGCGAAUGAGGAUGCGAGCCUACCUCCAGGAUGCAGUAGUGGUGAUCACAGGAGCUACAUCUGGUCUGGGGAAAGAAUGUGCAAAAGCUUUCCAUGCAGCUGGUUCCAGACUGGUGCUUUGUGGCAGAAAUGGUGAGAGACUACAGGACCUGGUGCAGGAGCUCUCUGCCAAGGCCAAUCACGCAAAGAAUAUACACAAACCUUUCACUGUGAUCUUUGACCUCUCUGAUACUAAAAUGGUGGUAAGUGCUGCUGAAGAGAUCCUGAAGUGUGUGGGUCAUGUGGACAUACUGAUCAACAAUGCAGGGAUCAGUUACCGAGGCUCGAUAUUGGACACGGGGAUGGAUGUGGACAAAAAAGUGAUGGAAACCAACUACUUUGGUCCUAUAGCAUUCACAAAAGCUCUUCUGCCCUCCAUGAUCAAAAGACAACAAGGCCACAUUGUGGUGAUCAGCAGCAUUCAAGGCAAAAUAAGCAUUCCUUUCAGAUCAGCAUAUGCAGCCUCCAAGCAUGCCACCCAGGCCUUUUUUGACUGCCUGCGAGCGGAGAUGGAACAGUAUGAAAUCGAUGUGACUGUUGUGAGCCCUGGUUAUAUUCAGACAAAUCUGUCUGUCAAUGCUGUAACUGCAGAUGGAUCUCGCUAUGGAGUUAUGGACAAGAACACCAUUGAAGGCAGAACAGCUGCAGAGGUGGCUCAGGUGGUUCUUAAUGCAGUGGGGCAGAAGAAGAAGGAGGUGCUCGUCGCUGGCUUACUGCCUUCCCUGGCUGUUUACCUGCGAACUCUGUCCCCCCGACUCUUCUUCACCUUCAUGGCAUCUAGAGCAAGGAAGGAGAGGAAAGCAAAGGACUCUUAGUCAGAGCUCAGCUCCCCUAGGCAUUGACUAGGAAAAGAAAAUGAACUCAGGCAUCUUGGCUUUGUCUAUGGAUGUGUUACUUCAAGAAACAAAUUUAAAAGGUUGCAUCUUACCAUUGUGUGCAGAGUUGGAAGUUCCAUGCAGAUCACGGGAGGCCCACGGUGCCAGAAAACAGUGCCUCGCUGUCACCUAGAGAUGGCUUCAUCUUCUACAGGUGAACUGGCUGAAGCUGCAGGGGAUGAUAGCUGAGGAGAACCUUUCCCACUCUCCCCACCCUCAUUUUGAGUUUUAUUGCUCUCCAGUGAGUGGGAACCAGUGCUGGCUAAGGUCAAGCACACGCAGAUAGAUGGUUGCUUUCCCCACACAGUGCUCCCAGGGAACUUCAGUCCUCACCCAGGAGCUCUCCAGAGCAGAGUCUGCCCCCAGUCCGAUCCAGAAGUUAUCCCUUGGGUUGAAAUGUUCUGCUGUGUCCCUAGUACACAGCAUCACUUGAUUUAAGCCAAAAUUAACUGUUCAGUGCUGCUUUUUAAACAGUUUAAAGUGCUCAGGUCCAGGUUAGGAAUGACACCAUGGAUAUCUGCACUGGAUGGAGCACGAGUGACCCAUUAAGCCACCUAGCCUUCAGGUCAGUUUUUGAAUUAGCCUUUUUCUAAAGUAGCUGUAGAAAGACAAGCCCUCCACAGCAGUGUUCGGCUCCAGUGCGCGUUGCUGCCAGGUAAGCACUGAAUCCCCGUGAAAGAUGGUGGCGGCGGCGGCAUCAUCAUCAUGAACCUUUGACUGUAAAACACUCAGACCCUAGCAUUGUUCUGCUGUGUGCCUAGAGCAAGGAAUAAGCUGUGACCCCUUUGGUGCCAAGCAACAAGCCUCGUGAUGACAAGGGGUGGGAAGUGAACUUGUAGGUGCAGCUAAUGGAGACAGACCCAUAUGGUUUUACCUGUUUUAAAGCCAUUGUGUGUUAAUUGGGACCUGUUAUCCCAAAAUACAGUGUGGAAGCAGUAUCCUGCUAAACAACUUCAGCAUUGAGGCUCCAGGGAGAGGACACUAUCUGUCUCUUCUCCCAUUUUCCCUGUGCCCAACGGAGCAUCUCCCUCACAGAGGGAGGCAGGACACUCAUCCCUUCUCCUGAACUCUGGUUACUAGUGGGAAGGUUAGAAUCUGUACCCUAUAGCACGGUGGUGUUGCUCAAUUUUCUAUUUGUUUGAUAGGUCAGGCAGAAGGGGAGCGGACUCAUUCUUAGCUUCCUUAUUAAAAAAAAAACAAACAAAACUGAUAGCAGAAAGAGUAAAAUCCAUCCAUAUCGAAUCCCUGCAUUCAGCUGCUAGCCCCUGUCCUGUGCCUAUUCUUAAGUCUCCAUGUCUGCACACUUUACCACUCUUGCACGUGUCCCGCCUGUAAGUGCACCUCAAAUGUUGGAAAUAAAAGUUGCAUUCUGUUUCCCCUCA